CGCAAAUUUUAAUUAAAUUGACAAGUGCUACCGCAAUACACACACACACUCCAGCACACACUCGCCCAGCAGAGACGCAGCCAUGACGGGAAUUAUGUCAAUCGUAACGAGGCGGCUGCCCCAGACUUUGGGGAUGCGAGCCCUUCGUGGUCAGGAGUUGAAGCGCUGCAUCCGCCAGUAUUCCCGGCUCGUCGUCUGUGCCGCCCAGCAGCAAGCUCUUCUCCGUAAUGAUGCCACCCUCCGCUGCCAAGAUGCCUCCAGGGUUCUCGCCUGGCAGGGUAUCCACACCACCUCAAGCAUGUGGUCAGAGCAAACGGUGAAUGUGCCUCCCUUCGCCGACUCCAUCGCCGAGGGUGAUAUCAAGUUUACGUGCAAGGUAGGCGACUCGUUUGCGGCUGACGCGGCGGUCAUGGAAAUCGAGACCGACAAGACAACGGUGCCAGUGCCCGCUCCCUUUGCCGGUUCCGUGACCGAAAUCCUGGUCAAGGAUGGCGACACCGUCAAGCCCGGCCAGGCUCUGUUCAAGAUGAAGCCGGGUGCGGCCCCCGCCAAGGCUGCUGCCCCCGCGGCGGCUGCUCCGGCGCCAGCUGCUCCGGCAGCAGCGGCACCGAAACCAGCACCCGCUGCUGCGGCACCGAAAGCGGCACCAGCUCCCGCUGCCGCGGCGCCCAAGGCUCCGCCACCACCGCCGCCGAAGGCAGCUCCUCGUGCGGCUCCUGCUGCACCACCAGCGGCUACCCUCAAGCCAGCCGUGGCCCAGGUUAAGGUGCCGCCCGCAGACGGAUCCCGCCAGAUCCUGGGCACCCGUUCCGAGCAGCGCGUCAAGAUGAACCGUAUGCGACUAAAGAUCGCUGCUCGUCUGAAGGAUGCCCAGAACACGUGUGCCAUGCUCACCACAUUCAAUGAGAUCGACAUGAGCUACGCCAUGAACUUCCGGAAACAGCAUCUGGACGAGUUCAUCAAGAAGUACGGCAUCAAGAUGGGCUUUAUGUCCAUCUUUUCGAAGGCCAGUGCCUAUGCGCUGCAGGAUCAGCCCGUGGUGAACGCCGUCAUCGAUGGCCAGGACAUUGUCUACCGUGAUUAUGUGGAUAUCUCUGUGGCUGUGGCCACACCCCGUGGCCUUGUUGUGCCCGUCAUCCGCAACGUGGAGGGCAUGAAUUAUGCCGACAUUGAGAUUGCACUUGCCGGUCUGGCUGACAAGGCGAAACGGGAUGCUAUUACCGUGGAGGAUAUGGACGGUGGUACUUUUACCAUCAGCAACGGUGGAGUUUUCGGCUCCCUGAUGGGCACACCGAUCAUCAAUCCGCCACAGAGCGCCAUUCUCGGAAUGCACGGCAUCUUUGAGCGGCCAAUUGCUGUUAAGGGAGAGGUUAAGAUUCGUCCCAUGAUGUACAUUGCCCUGACAUACGACCAUCGCAUCAUCGAUGGACGCGAGGCUGUCCUGUUCCUGAGAAAAAUCAAGGCUGCUGUCGAGAAUCCAGCGAUCAUUGUUGCCGGCUUGUAAAGUGAAAUGUCUUAAUCCGCGUCUACGGCCUUCAGUUGAUAUUAGCAUUCUCUCAAUCUGAAACUAUCAUUUGGUUAUUUAUUAUUGUCUUUUCAAAAUCGUCACAAAUAGAAGAAAAAAAGAAAAGCAUCGACUCGCAAAACCGAAAUUAGUCCAAAUAUUGCGAACGUGUUUUUCUCGAAAACAUUUACUGUGCACUGAACAUUUAAUGUUAACAUAAACGCUGAAAUGCAAUAUCGUAAUAAAGCGACGACGAAUAUCGACCAACCUCAAA